GCAGACAUGAGCGCACAGAGACUCGGAGCUUUCUGCGUUCUGCUGCUGGCUCUGAUCUGCUUCACGAGCUGUGCGCCGCCGACCUGUUACUCGCGCGCUCUGCAGCUCAGCAGAGAAAUCACCAGCAAUCUGGACAGAAUACAGCGGUAUAGUCGCACGAAAACAUGCGCCGAGUUUCUGCCGAAGAUGUUUGUAGACGUGCACAACUCCUGCAUCACGUCCAAGCUGCGUGAUUUCCUGUAUGUGACUGAGAACCUGCCCACUGAGUACUGCAGAGAGAGGCCACGCAUUCGGCUCCUGAAGCGCCGCGUCCAGACCCUCUAUUCCAUCAUCACCCGCGCCUGCUAUCGGGAUCUGGUGUUUUUCACAGAUGACUGUGAGGCUCUGGAAACAGGAAACAUCAGUCCGAGAUACUCAGAGGACCGGCUGGAACAUCUGAUAGAGGACGCCUGAGAUAAACACA